GUUUGCAACCCUCAAUAUACUCAAUAUGUAUUCCAUCGCUGUGUCAGCCGGUAUUUGGCUGGGAGUUUUGGUAGCCCUAGUAGCUUCCCAACCACAGGCCACGGUAGAGCAGGGUGACCUCUUUGGUACCACCGUGACUUUCCAGGAAGAUGAGUUCAUCAAUAUCACCAAAAACAUCGAUGUCUUCAAGGGGAUACCAUUUGCAGAGCCACCCGUUGGAGCGCUGCGAUUCAGGGCUCCGGUAGAGAAGAGUAGUUGGGGAAGCGAGGUUUACAACGCCACGUACUUUAGAUAUGCUUGCAUACAAGGCAGCGGUGGUCAAAACACAAUAUAUACGAAUGAAGACUGCCUGUACCUGAAUAUCUACGCACCUAGUACUAGACGUAUGGAGGGCGUUCCUGUAAUGGUCUGGAUACACGGCGGAGGUUUUACUGUCGGAAGUGGAAGUCAACCAGGCUAUGACGGAAUGCCAUUGGUUGCAGUCGGUGACGUCAUCGUGGUCACGCUUAACUAUCGCCUCGACAUCUUGGGUUUUUUAACAACAGACGACGAAGCUUCUUCAGGCAAUGCAGGUCUCAAAGAUCAGCAAAUGGCCAUGAAAUGGAUCAAGAACAACAUUGCAGCUUUUGGUGGUGACAGUGAACGCAUCACCAUCUUCGGUGAGAGUGCUGGAAGUGGCAGCGUCAGUUUCCAUAUCCUCUCCAAGAUGUCAGAAGGCUUGUUCAGCCAGGCGAUUAUGCAGAGCGGAACUGCCUUUUCUUUCUGGGCUUUUCACGAGAAAGAGGACGAAUUGAGGAGCCAAGCCUUCCAGGUUGGGGCGAAACUCGGUUGCAGUGCUUCGGAGAGCACCGCUCUUGUAGAUUGCUUGAGGGAACAGGACGCCUUGGCUGUUGUGGCAGCUUCAAUUGAGACAGCCUUCCGAAGUAGCGCCGUUGUUGAUGGAGAAUUCCUCUCGGACACCCCGGUCAAUCUCUACUCCACUGGGCAGUACAACCACGUCGAGAUCCUCCUGGGGUCAAAUGCUGAUGAGGGGACAUCGUUCCUCGUUGGCGAUCCAAAAUUUGCGGAGUAUUUCGCAUCGGAGGUGGCGCCUGCUCUAAGCAAAGAUGAUUUCGAAUUGUUAAUUAGUCAAAACCUCUUAUACGCUUUUGGUUCAACAGACGCGCCGUUUAUUGCGGAUUCAGUCAGAAUGCAGUACGUUGACUGGUCUCAGGCCGACAACGAGACUGCCGAUUACUUCAACUCCUUUGUAGAAUUUGCCGGUGACUUUGCAUUCGUGUGCCCAACUGACAAUGUUGCUCGCAUUCACGCCCAAGCGGGCGAUACUGUGUUUCUGUAUCAGAUGACGCAAGUCCCUACCGUGUCUAUUUAUAACACAAAUGGUGUGCAGCCGGGAUGGUUAGGAGCAACUCACGCCGAGGAUAUAUCGUUCGUGUUCGGGAUUGUAUUUGACCCCGAGUUUGCUGCAGUUCUGUCUCCCUUUGUGCCUGAUCCAGAGAAGGCACUUUCUGUCAAAUUUAUGGAAUACUGGACCAACUUUGCCAAGACUGGAAACCCUGCUAUAGCAGACGAUAUUUGGCCCCAAUUUACCAUCCCAGAGUUGAUAUACAAGGAGCUCAGCGUUGACAUGGCAACAGGACGCGCCCUCAAGAGUGACCAGUGCCAUUUCUGGAACACUUAUCUGGUGCAGCUACAGACCAUGCUGGCCAACAUGGAUGAUAUAGAACGGGAGUGGAAAGCGUCAUACAGCGCCUGGAAGUACACCGACAUGGCCGACUGGAGAGAGCAGUUCAACCAGUAUAAAGCACUAACUGGAUCGUACUAUCACCGACUAGCACUGAAUCUGGCCCAGUUUGCAACCCUCAAUAUACUCAAUAUGUACUCCAUCGCUGUGUCAGCCGGUAUUUGGCUGGGAGUUUUGGUAGCCCUAGUAGCUUCCCAACCACAGGCCACGGUAGAGCAGGGUGACCUCUUUGGUACCACCGUGACUUUCCAGGAAGAUGAGUUCAUCAAUAUCACCAAAAACAUCGAUGUCUUCAAGGGGAUACCAUUUGCAGAGCCACCCGUUGGAGCGCUGCGAUUCAGGGCUCCGGUAGAGAAGAGUAGUUGGGGAAGCGAGGUUUACAACGCCACGUACUUUAGAUAUGCUUGCAUACAAGGCAACGGUGGUCAAAACACAAUAUAUACGAAUGAAGACUGCCUGUACCUGAAUAUCUACGCACCUAGUUCUAGACGUCUGGAGGGCGUUCCUGUGAUGGUCUGGAUACACGGCGGAGCUUUCACUCUCGGUAGUGGAAGUCAACCAGGCUAUGACGGAAUGCCAUUGGUUGCAGUCGGUGACGUCAUCGUGGUCACGCUUAACUAUCGCCUCGACAUCUUGGGUUUUUUAACAACAGACGACGAAGCUUCUCCAGGCAAUGCAGGUCUCAAAGAUCAGCAAAUGGCCAUGAAAUGGAUCAAGAACAACAUUGCAGCUUUUGGUGGUGACAGUGAACGCAUCACCAUCUUCGGUGAGAGUGCUGGAAGUGCCAGCGUCAGUUUCCACAUCCUCUCCAAGAUGUCAGAAGGCUUGUUCAGCCAGGCGAUUAUGCAGAGCGGAACUGCCUUUUCUUUGGGGGCCUUUACAGAGAAAGAGGACGAGAUGAGGAGCCAGGCCUUCCAGGUUGGGGCGAAACUCGGCUGCAGUGCGUCUGAGAGCGUCGCUCUUGUGGACUGCAUGAGGGAACAGGACGCCUUGGCACUUGUGGCGGCUUCAAUUGAGACAGCCUUCCGAACCAGUGCCGUUAACGACGGAGAAUUCCUCUCUGACACCCCGGUCAAUCUCUACUCCACCGGGCAGUACAACCACGUCGAGAUCCUCCUGGGGUCAAAUGCUGAUGAGGGGACAUCGUUCCUUCUUGGCGAUCCGAAGUUUGCGGAGUAUUUCACGUCGCAGGUGGCGCCUGUUCUGAGCAAAGAUGAUUUCGAAUUGUAUACGAGUCAAAACCUCGUAUACGCUUUUGGUUCAACAGACGCACCGUUUAUUGCGGAUUCAGUCAGAAUGCAGUACGUUGACUGGUCUCAGGCCGACAACGAGACUGCCGAUUACUUCAACUCCUUUGUAGAAUUUGCCGGUGACUUUGCAUUCGUGUGCCCAACUGACAAUGUUGCUCGCAUUCACGCCCAAGCGGGCGAUACUGUGUUUCUGUAUCAGAUGACGCAAGUCCCUACCGUGUCUAUUUAUAACGUCGGUGGCUUGCAGCCGGGAUGGUUAGGAGCGACUCACGCCGAGGAUUUACCGUUCGUAUUCGGCAUUGUGUUCGACCCUGAGUUUGCUCUAGUUCUGUCUCCCUUUGUGCCUGGUCCAGAGAAGGCACUUUCUGUUAAAUUUAUGGAAUACUGGACAAACUUUGCCAAGACUGGAAAUCCUGUUACAGCAGACGAUAUUUGGCCCCAAUUUACCAUCCCAGAGUUGGUAUACAAGGAGCUCAACGUUGACAUGGCAACAGGACGCGCCCUCAAGAGUGACCAGUGCCAUUUCUGGAACACUUAUCUGGUGCAGCUGCAGACCAUGUUUGCCAACAUGGAUGAUGUAGAACGGGAGUGGAAAGCGUCUUACAGAGCCUGGAAGUACACCGACAUGGCCGACUGGAGAGAGCAGUUCAACCAGUAUAAAGCACUAACUGUAUUUGGUGAUUUCUUUUUUGGGGGAUGUGGUACAUGCAUUAAGUUUGACAUACAAACACUUGUAAAAGCUGCAGCCAGUUUUGAAGGAAAAGGGUUAAACUUUCACCGACAAGCACUGAAUCUGGCCCAGUUUGCAACCCUCAAUAUACUCAAUAUGUACUCCAUCGCUGUGUCAGCCGGUAUUUGGCUGGGAGUUUUGGUAGCCCUAGUAGCUUCCCAACCACAGGCCACGGUAGAGCAGGGUGACCUCUUUGGUACCACCGUGACUUUCCAGGAAGAUGAGUUCAUCAAUAUCACCAAAAACAUCGAUGUCUUCAAGGGGAUACCAUUUGCAGAGCCACCCGUUGGAGCGCUGCGAUUCAGGGCUCCGGUAGAGAAGAGUAGUUGGGGAAGCGAGGUUUACAACGCCACGUACUUUAGAUAUGCUUGCAUACAAGGCAGCGGUGGGCAGAAUAGCAUAUAUACGAAUGAAGACUGCCUGUACCUGAAUAUCUACGCACCUAGUUCUAGACGUAUAGAGGGCGUUCCUGUGAUGGUUUGGAUACACGGCGGAGGUUUUACUUUUGGUAGUGGAAGUCAACCAGGCUAUGACGGAAUGCCAUUGGUUGCAGUCGGUGACGUCAUCGUGGUCACGCUUAACUAUCGCCUUGACAUCUUGGGUUUUUUAAACACAGACGAUGAAGCUUCUUCAGGCAAUGCAGGUCUUAAAGAUCAGCAAAUGGCCAUGAAAUGGAUCAAGAACAACAUUGCAGCUUUUGGUGGUGACAGUAACAGCAUCACCAUCUUCGGUGAGAGUGCUGGAAGUGCCAGCGUCAGUUUCCACAUCCUCUCCAAGAUGUCAGAAGGCUUGUUCAGCCAGGCGAUUAUGCAGAGUGGAACUGCUUUUGCGUACUGGGCCUUUUAUGACAAGGAGGGCGAAAUGAAGAGCCAGGCCUUCCAGGUUGGGGCGAAACUCGGCUGUAGUGCUUCGGAGAGCGCCGCUCUUGUGGACUGCUUGAGGGAACAAGACGCUUUGGCUCUUGUGGCGGCGUCGACUGAGAUACAGUUCCGAACCUGCGCCGUUGUUGAUGGAGAAUUCCUCUCAGACACCCCGGCCAAUCUCUACUCCACCGGGCAGUUCAACCACGUCAAUAUUCUCUUGGGGACGAACGCAGAUGAGGGGACAUCGUCUGUUUUGGUCGGCCCUUACUAUGAGCAGUAUUUCACGUCGGAAGUGGCGCCUUUUAUAAGCAGAGAUGUUUUUGAACUUGGUCUGAGUCUACACCUCAAUUACGCGUUUGGUCCGGAACACGAUCCCAUUCUUGCCGAUACGUUCAGAAUGCAAUACAUCGACUGGUCACAGGCCGACAACGAGACUGCCGAUUACUUCCAUGCGCUUGUUGAGCUCAACGGAGACUCUUUAUUCGUGUGCCCAACUGACCGGGUUGCUCGCAUUCACGCCCAAGAGGGCGGUACUGUCUUUCUGUAUCAGAUGACGCAAGUCCCUACUGUGUCUGUUUAUAAUACAAAUGGUACGCAACCGGGAUGGUUAGGAGCGACACACGCCGAGGAUAUACCGUUCGUAUUCGGCAUAGCGUUCGACCCCGAGCUUUUCUAUUUGUCUCCCUUUGUGCCUGAUCCCGAGAAAGCACUUUCUGUCAAAUUUAUGGAAUACUGGACCAACUUUGCUAAGACUGGAAACCCUGUAACAGCAAACGAUAUGUGGCCAGAAUUUACCAUCCCAGAGUUGAGAUACAAGGAGCUCAACGUUAACAUGGCAACAGGACGCGCCCUCAAGAGUAACCAGUGUCAUUUCUGGAACACUUAUCUGAUGCAGUUGCAGACCAUGCUUGCAAAUAUUGAAGCCACAGAACGGGAGUGGAAAGAGUAAUUUUACACCUGGAAAUACACAGACAUUGCCGACUGGAGAGAGCAGUUCAACCAGUACAAAGCACUAACCGCUUCCCAACCGCAGGUCACUGUAGAGCAAGGUGCCCUCUUUGGUACCACCGAGACUUUCCAGGAAGAUGAGUUCAUCAAUAUCACCAAGAACAUCGAUGUCUUCAAGGGGAUACCGUUUGCAGAGCCACCCGUUGGAGCGCUGCGAUUCAGGGCACCGGUAGAGAAGAGUAGUUGGGGAAGCGAGGUUUACAACGCCACGUACUUCAGAGCUGCAUGCGUUCAGGAUUCGGCAUACGUCACCCCAUAUGGCUUGCAGAUGAGUGAAGACUGUCUUCAUGUCAAUAUUUACGCGCCAAAUCCAAAACUUCCAGAGGGCGCUGCUGUUAUGGUUUACAUGCAUGGUGGCGGUCUUAAAGUUGGUAGCGGAUCACUCCCAGAUCUCAGAAGCCAACCAUUGGUUGCUAUAGGUGACGUCAUCUUGGUCACUUUAAACUAUCGGCUGAAUGUGAUUGGCUUCCUAACUACAGGUGAUGAAGUUUCUCCAGGAAAUGCUGGCCUUAAAGAUCAAGCUCUUGCCCUCCAGUGGAUCAAAAAGAACAUAGAAGCUUUCGGUGGUGACAGUGAACGCAUCACCAUCUUUGGUGAGAGUGCUGGAUCAAAUAGCGUCAGCGCUCAUCUACUGGCCAAGCAGAAUGAGGGAUUGUUUCAUCAGGCUAUAAUGCAGAGCGGAAAUGUUCUAGCAGAGUGGUCCUUCCAGGAGAAUCAAGAUAUAAUGCGACAGCAAGCGUUUCAACUUGGUGCUAAAUUUGGCUGUACGGCUGAGGACACGGCUGGCUUAGUUGAGUGUUUGCGAGAGCAAGACCCGACGGCUCUUUUCACCACGUCAGAAGAGAUAGCGUUUCUAACCGCCCUGGUUGUUGACGGUGAAUACAUCGAGGACAAACCUCCCAUUAUCUACUCCACUGGGCAGUACAACCAUGUCGACAUCCUUCUUGGUACAAAUGCUGACGAAGGGGCGUUCAUGAUGCUCUACGAUUCUCUGUUUUUCCCCGAAUAUUUCCUCAGACCUGAUCCUCCUUUUGUGACUAGAGACAACUACGAGGAGAUUAUAAACCGGCAAGUCGAACUUUACUACGGAGCCAAUACACAGAUAGCAGACGCUAUCAGACUGCAGUAUGUCGACUGGUCCCAAGCGGACAAUGUCAGCGCAGACUAUUUUGAAGCAGUGAAGAACUUUUAUACUGACUUUUUCUUUACGAGCUCAACCGACUUAGUUGCUCGUUACCACGCGCAAGGGGGCAACGCCGUCUACAUGUACCAGAUGACCCACGUCCCUAGCGCAUCUUACUGGGAUGUUGGAGUGGGGGUUGGGCCCGGCUGGUUGGGAGCAUGUCAUGCCGAGGAUGUCCUCUAUGUCUUCGGGGUUCCAUUCAUCCCGGAGGCUGCGGUCAGGCGAUCGGAGUUUCAAGAUGCGGAGAAAGCACUCUCUGUGAAAUUCAUGGAGUUCUGGACAAACUUCGUCAAUACUGGGAACCCAGGAACAAAGACUCCUGGCUCUUUGCCAGCCUCUAAGGACGAUUACUGGCCUGAGUUUACCAUCCCUGGACUCGGAUACAAGGAGCUCAAUGUUAACAUGGCGACAGGUCGCGCCCUCAAGAGUAACGAGGCUCAUUUCUGGAACUCCUACAUAGUACAACUUCAGACCAUGCUGGCUGAUAUGAAGACUAGUGAGCGUGAAUGGAGAGAGUCGUAUAGCGCCUGGAAGUACACCGACAUGGCCGACUGGAGAGAGCAGUUCAACCAUAUGGUUGUAUUUGGUCAGGCUAUACCCGUGUCGGCGGCCUUUUUCCUUGGGUUGUUGGUGGGCUUCGUAGACUCCGAACAACCUCAGGUCACUGUAGAGCAGGGUGCCCUCUUUGGUACCACCGAGACUUUCCAGGAAAAUGGGUUCAUCAAUAUCACCAAGAACAUCGAUGUCUUCAAGGGGAUACCGUUUGCAGAGCCACCCGUUGGACCGCUGCGAUUCAGGGCACCGGUAGAGAAGAGUAGUUGGGGAAGCGAGGUUUACAACGCCACGUACUUCAGAGAUGCAUGCGUACAGAAUCCGGACGGAGUUUUUCCAUAUGGCUUGCAGAUGAGUGAAGACUGUCUUCAUGUCAACAUUUACGCGCCAAAUCCAAAACUUCCUGAGGGCGCUGCCGUAAUGGUCUAUAUGCAUGGUGGCGGUCUCAGAUCCGGUAGCGGAUCACUCCCAGAUCUAAGAAGCACACCAUUGGUUGCUAUAGGUGACGUCAUCUUGGUCGCCAUCAACUAUCGGGUGAAUGUAUUUGGCUUCCUAACCACAGGUGAUGAGGUUUCUCCAGGAAAUGCCGGCCUUAAAGAUCAAGCUCUUGCCCUCCAGUGGAUCAAAAAGAACAUAGAAGCUUUUGGAGGAGAUAAUGAUCGCAUCACUAUCUUCGGUACGAGUGCUGGAUCACAAAGCGUUAGUGCUCAUCUACUGGCCAAGCAAAAUGAGGGGCUGUUCCAUCAAGCUAUAAUGCAGAGCGGAAAUGUUCUUGCCGAAUCGAUCUUCCAGGAAAAUCAAGAUAUAAUGCGACAGCAAGCGUUUCAACUUGGUGCUCAAUUUGGAUGUACGGCUGAGGACACGACUGGUUUAGUUGAGUGUUUGCGAGAGCAAGACCCAACGGCUCUUUUCACCACGUCAGAAGAGAUAUCGUUUCAACCUAGUGUGGUUGUCGACGGUGAAUAUAUAGAGGAUACACCUUCCAAUCUGUACUCCACUGGGCAGUACAACCAUGUCGACAUCCUUCUAGGGACAAAUGCUGACGAAGGGACGUUCGUCAUGCUCUUCAAUCCUCUAUUUUUCCCCGAGUAUUUCCUCAGACCAGAUCCUCCUUUCGUGUCUCAGGAAAACUACGAGGGGAUCAUCAACCGGCAAGUCGGUAUUUACUACGGAGCCAAUACACAGAUAGCAGACGCUAUCAGACUGCAGUAUGUCGACUGGUCUCAAGCCGACAAUGCCAGCGCAGACUAUUUUAAAGCAGUGAAGAACUUUUAUACUGACUUUUUAUUUGCGAGCUCAACCGACUUAGUUGCUCGCUACCACGCCCAGGGGGGUAAUGCCGUCUUCAUGUACCAGAUGACCCACGUCACUAGCGUGUCUUACAGGGAUGUUGCCGUGGGAGUCGGGCCUGGCUGGAUGGGGGCAGGUCAUGCCGAGGAUGUACUCUAUGUCUUCGGGGUUCCAUUCAUCCCGGAGGCUGCGAUCAGGCGAUCGGAGUUGCAAGAUGCGGAGAAAGCACUCUCUGUGAAAUUUAUGGAGUUUUGGACAAACUUCGCCAAUACUGGAAACCCAGGAACAAAGACUCCUGGCUCUUCACCGGCCUCUGAGGACGAUUACUGGCCCGAGUUUACCAUUCCUGGACUCGGAUACAAGGAGCUCAAUGUUACCAUGGCGACAGGUCGCGCCCUCAAGAGUAACGAGGCUCAUUUCUGGAACUCCUACGUAGUACAGCUUCAGACCAUGCUGGCUAAUAUGGAGGCUAGUGAGCGUGAAUGGAGAGAUUCGUAUAGCGCCUGGAAGUACACCGACAUGGCCGACUGGAGAGAGCAGUUCAACCAGUAUAAAGCACAGACCGGCAACUAUUAAUCAACUAUCGAACAGUCCAUUAUUAAUUAAAUAAUUAUUGAAAAAUUGUAGAUUUAACAAACUAUUAUGAGGAUUGGUAAUGGGGUCUAUAACAUACGAUUUAUUUUGAUUAAGCUUUUCA